UGAAACAUUUAGUCGAUUUGCUACGAGUUCUGUGAUUGGCUGAUACCUACCAUCUGCAUGAGACAAGAUGGCGGCCAAAUUUUGUGGUGUUUUCUGAGCGUUCUCCAAGUUUAUCCUGUUUCUGAGGAAUUCGGCUGCUAUUGGAUAGAGUGGGGAGGGCGAACCACGCUGUUUCUCUGUGAGCCAGCCCGCGACCCGGACAUCUCUGCAGACGAUCCUUGUGUUUGUUCACCUGUGCGUGAGGAGGAACCAUGGCACGAUCACGGUCUCCUGUCAGGAAGAGUAGGAAGCGGAAAGGGAGCCGAUCCAGGUCACGGUCUUAUUCCUCUCGCUCCCGGUCAAGAUCACGAAGCCGCGGUCGUCGCCAUUCCCCCUACCGGAGGCGAUCGUCACCAAUCCAGCCGUUCCGCGGGCGUGGCAGGGGGCGCGGCCGCGGAUGGAGAGGGCGAGGGAGGGGCAGAAUCGGACCGCUACCGCCAGCCAGGGGGUUCUCACGAAGGUCACGCUCAAGGUCGUACUCCAGAUCUAGAUCCAGGUCUCGCAGACGAUCCCGAUCGCAGCGCCGAUCCAGAACGCCCAGGAGAUCCCGCACCCCACGAAGGUCCCGGUCGCAUUCGCCGAGGACCAAGCGUCACAGGUCAAGGUCCCGCUCCCCGCACCACCACACAAGAAGAGCGUCGCACAGAUCCAGGUCACGAUCCGGGCACAGGUCGCGAUCGAGAGGCCGUGAUGCCCAUGCUGCGAGAGCCGGCUCCCCGCCUAGAAUCGCCUCCCACCCAGAAGAGUGGGAGCAAACCUACCCACCUGAAGAUGAGAAGAAACCGCUGCCCCCCUCCCCACCGGUCAGGAGCCAAUGGGAGAGAGGGGAUGGGUACGGUAGCGGUGGCGAGCACACGAGGCCCGAACCUGAAGGGAGAUGGAAGUCUCCAGCUCGACAGAGGGGAAGCUUCUCCGCAGAAAGGGGAGGGUACCCACAGAGGAAUGUGUCGCCCGACAUGGGGCGGAAGCGCACAGGGAGCUACGAGGAUCUGUACGACGUUAAGAAGCCACGGGGAGAUGCCUUAUCUCCGGAGAGGUUUCGAGAAGAUUUUACCAGAGAGCCUCGCAGGCGUUCCUGGGAGAGGUCGCCUCGGUUUGACGAGCGGGGAAACAGAGGGAGGUCCUGGGAGAGAAAUGAAGGGCCGUACCGUGACGACCCUCUUCCCCACGAGGUGGCGGAACGUAACAUCCCCUUCAUAGAAGACGACUACCCGGACCGAGAGCCGAUACGCAGAGGGGAGAGAAGCUCUCCUGUGCCAUACGAGGAAGGUGACGACUACAGAAAGCCUGCAGAAAGACAAGCAUGGCCGCUGCGAAGCGGGGAGGCGAAGGGGAGAGAGCGAUUCUCCAGAUCACCGUACAGAGGGAGUGGUGGUGGGAGGGACUAUCCUGAACAUGGCCCAGAGAGAAGAGAGUAUCCUCUAGCCAAGCCUGCUGCUGUAAGAGAGAGGGAGGAGUCAUUCAGGCAGGGCUCACCGCCGAGAGCGCAGCAUGACAAGCCCCCAGCACGUGUCAAGGCUUCUCGUAGAUCCGCUGAGGAGGGUAGUCAGAGGUCACGGAGCUCUGACACAAGAAAGCCUAUGCUUGAGGAGAAGAAGCGUUCAGGAGGCAAAGGCAAGGAGAGAGAAACUUCACCAGACAGACACCACAAGAUGAAGACGCAGAAGAAACGAGACCAAUCCCGAGAGGAGGGUGGCAAAGGGCGAAAAGAAAUAGAGAAAAAGCAUACAGAGGGCAAGAAACACGGAAAGAAAGCACAAGCGUCAUCCUCAGAUAGAAAGGGGAGGCAGGCCAGCAGAAGUCCCCCGAGAAAAUACAGCAGCAAACAUAAGGAAAAAUCUCCCGAAGAAGAUAUCGUGGUGUCGGUCAAGGGAGAAAAGAAGGGAGGGAAACCACGGAAGGAGGAGCACCUCUCCUACAAGGAUGUGGACUUGGAGAUGGUCCAGAUGACGAUCCACCGCACUGUCCACCAGUCAUCCACCAUCGAUCCUGACACUGUCGUCGUCCCGCGGAAGCCGAACGAGGGCCUGCGCCCGAUAUCCCAGCGUCCCGAGUUCAAAUCUCAUGUCCCCGUGGCUGAGGCUGAUGCUGUACCGGAAGUGAAGACGGAGAGGAGAAUCAUCCAGAUCUUAGACGACGAUGAUCUAGAGGAUGAGCCAAGGCGUACGGAAGGGAAAAGCAGCGUGUGGCGAAGGCUGGAAUCGCAAGGAGGGAGCGAUCCUCGUAGAGUUCGACACCGCUCCAGAAGCCAAGAGGACCGACUGGGCCACGGGAGGAAAGCUUCGCCGCAGCAUAGAAGUUUAAGCGACAGAUUCACCUCUCACGGGGACAGCCGAAGGUCUCCUGAAGCUGAGAAAAGAGGCUACAGUCACUCCGAGAGAGAUGACUACAAGAGGCGCGAGAGGAAGUUUGAUCGGAGCGGCUCCAGCGAGCGAGAAACCCAGCACGAUGACGGGAGAAGAAUACGCGACCCCAACGACUUGAGACAAACCUUGGUGCGGAGGCGGCAGGAAAGCGAGAGCGAUUACUACAGCGAUCACCACCCGGAAGACGAUCGGAGGGAUCGGUCGGGAGAACGUAGACCGGAGUUUCGGAGAGAUUCCGGGGAGAGGGGAGGGUACCGAGGACGGGGGGACUGGCGGGGGCGAGGGGACUACAGAGGAGGGUUCAGAGGUCGCGGCGACUUUCGGGGGCGGGGUGACUUCCGAGGGCGAGGAGACUUCCGAGGCAGAGGUGACUUCCGAGGGAGAGGUCGGGGACGCGGGCUGCCCAACUUCUCCAGCAGGCCUGACAAGUUCCAGGACGACUGGCAGAAAGACCCAGAAGCCACACCUAAAGGAGCUUACUACUAUGAGCAUGAUGAUAGAGACAACCCUCCUGUACGCGGGGCGCCCUUUGACCGAGAACGAGGCCGCGGCAGGGGACGGGGCUUCGAACCCAGAGGGCCAAGGUUCAGGGGUCGUGCGCGGGGGUUUGGAGGGAGAGGUCGGGGGUCAAGGUUCAGCCCCCAGUGGGAACAUGACAAGUUUGAGGACAUGGACACCAGCAGGUCAAGAGGGAGCAAGGACCGAUCUCGAGAGGAGGAAGAUAACAAACCAACCAGCACCACCGGCUAGCUGAACACCCCUACUGAAGAGGUGGUAUCACCCUGGAAAUGACACUUACCAAGAACUUUUAGUGUUUUGACUCUUUAGACAGGGGUUGCAGCUGUUGUUAGAUCAUGAAAGAAUACAGAAUCAUCUUUUGUUCCUCUUUGAUGCAGUGAAGAGCUGUAUAGUUUUGUGGUAUCAAAUGAAGAUGAUAAAAGCUAGUUUACCCUGCAUAAAGGUAACUUCUGUUAUGAAAAGUUUCUUGCUUCAUGCUAUAUGGAAUCAGACGUACAUACAUUGUAUGAUAUAAACUGUGCAAUGGUAAACUUUAUUUGAUCAUGUAAGUGGUAAAAGAAGUGAAGUUAGCGAGACCUGUACUAUGUUUUUACUUAGCAAAGGAAAAGUCGAAUUGGCAGAAAAAAAUAACCACAAUGUUAAUAUUGUUAUGCUAUUUUUCUGCCAGUGAAUAGUCCAUUUUUUUUACUUCAUUUUUUAGACAGUUACAGAAAAAUGUAUCCACGUCAGGUCUAUAUUCACCCCACUUUCUUGUUUACUGUUUUUAGUCUACCUUUUGUACAUGAUUGUAUACCACUUACAUUUUGCUUUUUUGUUAUUGCUUAUAAGUUAUGGCAUUGCUUCAGCAUUUUUGGAAAGAUCUUACAAAGCUGCUUACUCAAUUCAGUAUAGAUGUACCCUAGUAGUGUACCUACUGGACAAGAAUACAUGGGUUGAGUCAUGUGUGGUAGAAUUCAUUCAGGGCUCGAAAUACUUUUUUCUGCAUGCCUGCACCGGUGCAGGUAACAUUGAAACUUCCCUGCACCAAACAAAUUUUACUUGCACCACUCUAAACUUAUGAAUUAUGAAUCAUACUGAAAUUGUUCAGGAACCAUGCAUUCCUAUUUUUUCUUUCAUACUUUAUCAAUGCAGCACAUACCAAUCCAUACACACCUACAUCAUAGGACAUUUAUGUAUAAAACCCAGUACAUGGACCAGUGCAGGUACACAUUAGAAAUACCGGCACAGCCCCAAUUUUACCUGCACUAACCUGCAUAUGCAGCAGGUAUUUCGAGCCCUGCAUUCUGUACUAGGAUUAGAUUUGUAACUUCAAGACACAAGAUUUUCAACGUGGAUCUAGAGUUAAGCAUAAUUUUUUGUCAACAUUACUACCACUUUAGUGCUAUCAAAAUUGGGUAGAAUCAACUCUUCCUUUGUGUUUGAAACUACUGUCAGGUCAUACUACAUGUACAGUCAUACAUCUUUCUCUGUUGACUUUGUUUUUAUUUUAUUUUUCUAAAGUGUGAUAAACAAUUAAAUGAGAGGUUGUGGUUGGUAUAUUUGUUGAUGUUAGUUUCUGUAAACUGCUUGUAUACUUGCCUAGUACUAGUAUCCAGUAUGCGACUGUAAGACUUGUACAAUAUGAAGAUUUUCUUUAAGCAUUGUAAACAGGAAAGUCAUCAAUAUGCAACAAGUAUACACAUGAAGUACUUAAAUGUUUGCGUUUCUUUUCAGAGUAAAUGUCUUGAGAA